UUCUUUCUCCGCGUGUGCGUGUUGGUGUUGGUGUUAGUGUUGGUGUGCUUCUCUAUGAUGACCCAUGGAGAAGAUGAAGAGCACAGGAAGAAAACAUCUUUGUGGGAGUGGGAGAAACUGAGACGCGCCUAUUCUAUGUACGAAGCAGUUUUUCCUACGAGUAUUGGCAAGUAUUGGUACUUGGUUAAGUCGCUUGUUAAUAAGGCAUAUGAGCAUUUCUUUCCUCCAAAUAUAGAUUUUAGAAGAGGAGAUGAAGGCGAAGGCGUGACAGAUAAUGGAGCAGUAGGGGAGAAGGUGAGAGAAGCUUUAGGGAAAAGCCUAGGAAUGAGCAAAGCUACGAUGGAGGAUGCUGCAAAAUCAGUAGCAAAUAUAGCAGAGGAAACCAUGCACAAAGCAAAAGAGAAGGUGAAGAGGAGCUUUUCCGAUGAUAGCGACACAAAACGUCAAAACGAGCUCUGACUCUCUUCUCCCUCCUUGUGAACAUCUUUAAGCAACCGCCACAUAAAAGUACUGCUUCAUUUUGUUUAAUGUUGCUAUGCAUGUGAUGUGAAAAGGGUUAAACAAAAGAGAGAAAGAGAAAAGCGCUGCAUCCAUUUUAAAAAGUUGAAGCUGCAUA